UCGGCAGAGCUCAAAGCCCUCGAGAAACUGAUGAGCGCUGGUUUAUUGGUGAGGACAGGAAAACCACGCUGUCUCGCCGGGUUUGUUCCAGGCCACUGACCCAAUAAGACGCCUUCGUCUCCCGUGGUUCGGACUGCCUGACUGAUCAAACCCUGUGCUGCAGUCCAUUCGUCCCCCCAGAGUCAAAGACAUAAUGUGACACAUCUCAGCCUUUGACUGACUUGAGUGACUUACACUGAGGCCACCAUGCAGGAGUGUCACACCUGGCUGUGUCUCUCUGUCUACAUCAUCACCUUUGUGCUGGGCUUCCCAGCCAACAUCCUCGCCUUCUACACAUUCUGCAAGAAAGUGAGGCAGAAACCCACACCAAUCGACAUCCUGCUCCUCAACCUGACCAUCUCGGACCUCCUCUUUCUCCUGUUCCUGCCCUUCAAGAUGCAAGAGGUGCUGGACGACAUGGUCUGGAAUAUGCCCUAUGCUUUCUGUCCGCUCUCUGGCUUCAUCUUUUACAUGACUAUCUACAACAGCACCUUCUGUCUCACCGCUGUUAGCGUAGAGCGGUACUUGGGCGUGGCUUUCCCCAUUCAGCACUCAUUGAAGCGGCGACCCGUAUAUGCUGUUGCUGCCAGCAUCUUCUUCUGGAUUUUCACCUGCCUCAACCUCAGCAUUGUGUAUAUCAUACCCUUUAUUGGAAAAGACUCCACCGUUCACAAUGUGUCAGGUAUUGCUCCCAUUGAUGCCAGCAAGAGGAGGGUAUGUUAUGAGAAUUUCAGUGAUGCUCAGCUGCGGGUCCUCCUGCCUGUGCGUCUGGAGCUCUGUGUGGUGCUUUUCUUUAUCCCUUUAAUAAUUUGCAGUUUCUGCUACAUCAACUUUAUCAGGAUUCUGUCCAAGCUGCAACACAUUGACCGACGCCGACGCCUCCGGGCCAUUGGCAUGGCUUUAGGAACACUGCUGGUAUUCGCUUUAUGUUUUGGCCCCUAUAAUAUCUCCCACAUUGUGGGUUUUAUCACACGGAAAAGCCCUGACUGGAGAGACACGGCCCUGCUGUGCAGCACCUUUAAUGCAUGUCUAGAUCCUCUUAUUUUCUACUUCUCGUCCUCUGCUGUGAGAGGGACAGUAGGUAGUGUGAUGAAAGGGGUUAAAAGUCAUCUCAACAGUUCCAUGUCCUGUCACACGCUCCAGGCUUUGAGGGGAGGAAUUAACAAGACUGUAAAAGAUAAGGAACACACACAAGAGGAGACCAAUACUGUCUGAGCUGACUGAAAAGGAACUGUGAACAGUUCCCUUUACUAAUUUAUUUUUUCAUCUUUGCAAGCAGGAAAUUAAUGCCAUGUUUAUGUUUUUGCACGUGAGAAGAUGACUUGGCUGUAUACAGCACAGACCGAUUUUGUUUAACCAUAUGAUGAACCUUCUGUUUGGGAAUGAGACAAGGCGGGUAACCUUCUGUCAGCCUGAGCUGAUUGUUUUUAUGUAGUAUAAUGUGUAAAGCCACAGAGGCAGCCUAAUUUGAACUGUCAGAUUAAAAAAAUAAAAAAUAAAAAAUCUUACAUAAAGUAACAAGAUUUCAUAAGCACUCCAUUAAUGAACUCAGGUGUUGCAAAACACUGCGGUAGAGGUGGAAACAAAAUAUCUAAGCAACAGCUUUGGAUGUCAUCUCUACACAAUGAGAGGAGACGCUUUCUGAGCAGCUUCAAUCAUGGACAUGAUAUGUUGUCUGUUUGCAACAACAUCUUCAUGAUAUAUCAAGUGUUGGUAGUGAAAGAAGAGAAUGGACAUGGAAGAUCUGACAGCAGAUAUGUGAACAGAGCUUUAUACAAAGAACCUUAAAAAAAGCAGCCAGGUACUUUUUAUUUUAGAAUAUGUUUGUAUAUUUUGCCAUUUUUCUUGCAUAAUAAUGGCCAUUUUCAUGCAGUGUUUGUCUGUGCGUAUGGAUUUAUGCAACAUAUAUAAAUAUAUGUGACGUCUGUAUGAGGAUUUUAUAAUACAAAAUAAGAAAAUAUAAUUUCAUACGCAAAUCAUAUAAACAUACAUUCUGCAUAAUUUAUGACUUGACUCAGGUAAUUUCAAGAAAACAUCACUCUGGUGCUUGUGUUUGCGUGUGUCCUUGAUGGAAGAGGCAAAAGGUGACACAAACACUAUUUUAACAAGCAAAGCAUAAAAUAAUAAAUGUACCAAAAUAACUAUGGAACAGCCAGCUGUCAUAUAAAACGUGACUUUGUUUUAGGUGAGUGUGUGUUUGUACAUGAAAGAGGAGAGAUAAGGACUCACUUGUUUUAUAAAGAGAGAAUGAGAAGAUUGUAUGUAAAUUUCCAGGGCAUCACAUGAAUUAAGCCAUGUUGUAUGAAAUGUAUUCCUUUUUUAUUUAUUAUGAAAUAAAAUAAGGUUGUGCAGCAGAAAGUUUACUGAGCAGCCUGUUUUUGACAUCACUAAUGCAGCGAUACUGUAGAUACAUCAGCAUGAUCCGAUGGUGAUGAUCAUUGUUCCUGGCACUGUUUCUUGCUCUUGGCAGUGUGGGCAGGCCUAAAUUUAAAAUGAACUUCCACCAACAUGUGAAUCAAGAUCUCACCCCACACGCUGCAAACAUAAACAAUGCUAUCACACAAGCAAAGCGCUGGCAUCGGCUGUAAUCCUGUUUUGUGAGGAUUAGGCCUACACGGAGGUUGAGCUGAUCACUGUAUCUGUUUGACAGGUGGAUCAUGCAUGAAGCAUUCAUUUUGACGCACAGACCCCGAAUGAAUGACUAAGAUUUGCGGGCUACCAGCCACUGAUACAAUAAACAAAAUCCAAAAUAUAUGCUAGUCAGCAUACUGGCAGCGAUAAAAAGUUAUAGAGAUAAACAGCUCCGAUAUGCGGGAAGAAAUCAAUGUUUAUAGGAUGAGAGAGCAGAGAGGAAUAUACAUAGAAGCAGAUGUAGCCAUGCACGUGCAAGCACGUGUCUAGAAACUGAAGGAAACUUUUAUUGCAUAUGAGAGAGGGACCUAUGCGCAACAUUUAUUUGUAGUGUUGAUUAAACAUUAACUCAGAAUUAAUCUUCUUUAUUUCUGUGAUGACUCUGUGCUUGAAUUUGUAUGAAGUUGUUUGUCAAAGGUUGGUCUGCUGAGAUGAGCUGCGCUGAAAACCUGCUGGCCCAUUUUUGUUUUCUCUCCCAUUUCAUUUUGCGUU